AGCACUGGAGCGACCGGAUAUGUAGGCGGCACCGUAUUUCACGCCCUUGUGACAGCUCACCCAAAGUACGAGACUACGGUGCUCCUCCGGGAGAUACCUGCGGGUUUCUCCGAGAAAUAUCCGAACGUCAAGAUUAUCAGGGGAACUUUUGACGAAACCAGCGUGCUGACACGGGCCGCCUCCGAAGCUGAUAUUGUCGUCCACCAUGGAAACUCAGACCACGUCCCUGCCGUGCAAGCACUACUCACCGGCGUCAUUGCACGGGCUAACGCUUUCUUACCAGCAUACUACAUCCAUCUUGGUGGCACAGGGAUGAUCGCGGACACCAACGCCCUCGGCGAUCUCACUAGCAAAGUGUGGUCCGACAUCGAUGAUAUCGACACGAUCUGGUCCCUCCCACACGAAACUAUACAUCGUCCUACGGAGUCUCUGAUUCAGAAUGCGUGGACCCAGCAUGGCAACUGUCUCAAGACUGCUGUGGUCUGCCCCCCGAACAUCCACGGGAAAGGCACCGGGCCGGGUAAUAGAAGCAGCUUCUAUGUGCCCGUCUUCUAUCAAGAAACCGUAAAGGCGGGGGCCCCCUUUUACGUCAACUCGGGCUCUAAUGUUUACUCUCGAGCCCAUGUCGAAGACGUUGCCCAGGUAUUUCUGAAGCUUGUGGAGGCUGCGGCGGCUGGCGGGCAAGGUGCUGAAUGGAACCGUGACGUGAGUACAACUUUCAUCAGCCAUUUCCAGCAAGACUCCAUUGCACUUGGCUACUAUUUUGUGCCCAACGACGAGGUUUCCCAGAUUGAGAUCGCCCGUGCUACGGGCAAGAUCCUCAAGACUAGAGGG